UACACUAUCUGCUGAAUAUAUCCUACAGUAUUUCGAUCUUUCUGUGUGUACAAACACAUUUUGAGAUAAAGUUGACUUUGACUUUGAAAGACAAUGGAAAUAAGGCCAACGCUCACCCCGCAGCAGGCAACUGAACUAACAGUGCGAAUUUAUGGAGUGACCAUAACUGAGAUCUCCACCCUGCCUAGUUAUAUUGACCAGAACUUCCUCAUUGUGGACACAGAGGGUACCAAGUAUGUCCUGAAGAUCAUGAACUCAGAAGACAGCAAAAAGGCCACCCAGCUGGAGGUUCAGACCUUUGCCUUGUCCUUUCUACGCCAGCAUGGAGUUCCUGCUCAAACCGCCCUGCCCACCACCACGGGGAAGCUGUUGAGUAUGGAGGAAAUAGACUGCGGACAUGGGGCUCAGACCUACUGUGUGAGGCUGAUGACUUAUCUUCCUGGAAAAACCCUUGCAGAAUCUCCAGGCACUAUGCAAGAUCUUUAUCAUGUGGGCAGGUUAAUUGCUUUCAUGGACAAGACAUUGCAAAAACUGGAAUCUCCAAACCUGGAUGUCUUACACAAUAAUUGUGAUGAAGAAUGGAGUUUAUCCAACAUCCAUCUCAUAGAGCGCUGCCUGUCAGUGAUGGAUGGAGAUCCACUGCAGGACGUGAUCAAAGCAGUCAUUGAACAGUUUAAAUCACAUGUGCAGCCAAAAAUCAGCUCUUUCCAAAAAGGAAUAAUACAUGGAGACACAAACGACACAAACAUCAUUGUGACACCUGUAGGAAACGGUCGUCAUGAGGUGUCAGGCGUGCUGGACUUUUCUUUCCUCAUGAAUGAUUGCUAUGUAUUUGAACUGGCAAUAACAAUUGCGUACAUGAUGCUGGAGAACCCCAGUCCAUUGGAUGUAGGUGGAGCAAUACUUACAGGUUGGGAGAGCAUCAUGGUACUCAAUGAAGAUGAAAGGGAAUGCCUCUACCUGCUGGUGCUCGCUCGGUUGUGCCAGUCUCUGGUUUAUGGCCGGUACAAUAAAAAAAAAUACCCAGACAACAAGAACUAUCUCCUGGUUACAGCCAAAAAUGGGACUCGGAUUCUUACUAAACUGUGGGAGAUGGGAAAGAAAGAAGUAGAAAGAAAAUGGUUUACAGAUGCCAGCACAUUCUCAGUCAAUGAAUAAGGACAUGUUGUCAAUGGAGGAGGAUAAGGAUAUAGAUUUGCUAUAGGAUAGAGAUUUGCAAUGACAAAGAAUGCAUUUUGACUUUUCCGAGUUUUUGAAAUACAUUUUUGAUUUGGAAUUGUAUCAUAUUUGACAAAAAAAUAUUUCCCAGUUUGUACUGCUUUUUGCUUCUAUUUUCUCAAAAGGCACGGUGUAAUAGCAAUAUGGACUUAUUCAUCAUUAGGAACCAUUAACCGUGCUUUAAUGAAGGGGCAAUGGGUGUAACCCCCUUGUUUAUUUACAGUAGUCUGUUGGCGCCCCUUUAUCUGUGGCAUUUUGUCUUUUCAGUUUUUGUCAACGUUGAAGUCUUAUUCCCAUUAGUUUUUUGAUCAUGUGCCAGUAUUUUAAACUCUCUAUCACGUUUAGGAUACCUUUACUUGCUGGACUGAUUAUCUGUCUAGAACUGUGCCCGAAUUUAAGUAAAUACUUUUACUUUCACUCUGUUCUGAAGUGUGAUCUUGGGUCUUCUGCUUGCUGGUAUCAAGUGUGCGUAAAAAUAACAGGAGGAGACUAAAAAGGUGAACCACACAGUAUUGCUUAUGCUUUAUGCUGAGAGGAAGAUAACAACGACUGUCUCUAGUAACUUAAAUACACGUAACUUCACUGGCUCUUAAUUCUUAUAUCUUAAAUAAAAUCCUAGUAGCAUAAUCAUUUUUUUUUGUUUAUCUGGACAAGUAA